AUGAAAGCUAUCGUACAGCGGGUGCUGUCUGGGUCAGUGACCGUGGACAACGAAGUGAUUUCUUCCAUUGGAAAGGGUCUUCUUGUUCUUGCUGCUGUGGCUCCCGAAGAUACAGAGAAAGAUGCCGAGAACCUAGCAAACAAAGUGUUGAAGCUCAGAAUGUGGGACGAUGAUGCCGGCGCAAGGUGGAAGAAGGCAGUCCCAGACAUUGACGGAGAAAUCCUCUGUGUAUCUCAAUUCACACUUUUCGCCAAGAUCGUCAAGAACAAGCCGGAUUUCCGCCUCAGCGCAGGAGCCGAGGAUGCUAAAAGGCUCUACCACCAUUUCUUGCAAAAGUUGCAGGAUAGCUAUGCGGCCGAAAAGGUCAAGGAUGGGCGCUUCCAGGCUAUGAUGGCCGUGGCUUCUGUCAAUGAUGGACCGGUCACGUUUGAGCUCAACACGGAGUCGGCCCCUAAGCCAUGA